GCUGUAGAUUUGCUAGUUAAAUGUUUGCUGAUACUGAGCAAGCAGAAGCAACAAGCUUAUUUCAGAUAUACGGGGUAGCAAACCACUUUCGACCUUCCUGAGAGUUUGAAAAUGGGCAUCCUUGUAUGGGCCCAAUUACUUCUGAAAGCACACUAGGGGGCUCCCCCCUCCCCGCCUGCAAGAUAAAAAAUGGCUGACACAAGCUGGAAGGCCAUGGAUAGUGGUGUUAUGGACUGGCUGGACAACAAAAGAGCUAAGACCUUGAGGGUCUCCAAUGACAGGGAGUCAUUUCAGCUGAAAAGGAUUCGAAGAUCACUUGAGACUAUGAAGAGCAUGAAAGAUAAUCUGAUGAAGCAGGAAGAAAGAAAAGUGAAAAGAUGGCUAGCAAAACAAGCUGAAUUAUCACCAUCAGCAUCGUCGUCAUAUAAGAACUUAUACAAGAUACCAUCCAGUGAAGUGACCCAAGAGGCAAACCAAGAAGUGCAACAAGUCUCUGAGAGAGGCUCCGCUGAAACUCCCUGGAGCCAGUUUGGUGACCAUUUGCCCAACUUUGUCAGCUUUCUGCGCCAACCAACAAAAAGACCAGGUUGUGACAAGAAACACUCAAAGGAUUUCACACCCUUCAGUGGAACUGACUUGUCCAUGCAGACAGUAUUUGCUAGAACUUCCUAUGGCUCAAGAGGCAGCUUUUACAAUCCUCACCCAACUGCCAGUGUCUCCAAGAAGGAUAUCAGUGCAAGACAACUUUACGUGGAUAACAACAGUUUCUCCAUGCAAGAGGCAAUAUCCAUGUUUCCCUCCCUGCAAAAGCUAUCGAUAACAGGAGAGAAGUUCUCUUUUUCUAAACUUCAUCUGCACGAAACAGCCUCUGGAUCCCCAGCAUCUGAAAGAAGGUUGAAGGGCUUGCUUGAAAGAGCUCGGGAAGAGGAAAAAUUCAAACAAACAGUGACUCUGCCACAGAUCAGACCUGAAGAAUUUUUGAGCUGCAGAUACCUACGUUUGUCACAGAGCAAUAUUAACACCUUGCUACAGCUGUGUAAGGAAUCAGGCGUUCAUAUAGACAUUCAUCCCCAUAUGAAGGAAUCUGAAAUCGACAUCAAUACUGUUCUCUCUUCAAACCUCAGCAGGGCAGUGUAGAGCUUAAAUUCCCUACCCUAAAUUUUACUGUCAUUAGUUCAGUUUGUAAUUUUCUGAAGUUAUGACAACAGCACAUUAAAUUAAUUCCCAUCUGUUGCUAUCCUUUAAAGCUUCUCAUGUUUUAAUUUUUUUUAAAAAAAGAAGAGAAAUCAACUUACACAGAUUUUCAAAAUGUUAUGGUUAGUUAAAAAAAAAGACUAAUUGGACUCAAAAGAUGUUGUUUGAAUAACCAAAAUUAGAUCCAUUUAUUGUAAUAUUGUAUUUCACUGGCUCAGACUGGAUUCCCCAAUUGGUUGUUGUUAGAUCUAACCCCCUUUUACUACACUCGAAUCUCUGAUCAGCACAUUAAUACCGUAAUAAACAAAACUGUAUUAGCAACAUCAAGCUGGAAGAGGGAACCCUAAAGAUAACUAUACCAACCCAGUCAUUGGCGUUACGCUACAUCACACAUUCACAAAGGCAGCGCAACAUGCUUGUGCCCUGAUCGGGAGCGGUGCUGAAUAGCUUCAGCUCCCCUUUCUUUUACCCUCCGGAUUUGGUCCUAAUUAUACAAGGAAACUAGUUUUUUUACAAAAAGUUUUUUUUUUUUAAUUUUAACCUCCCUCUUCCUCAUAAAUGUGAGUUAUAGUUCCUGGUAUACAGUAUGUUCAAUCUGCUGCGUGCACACACACACACCACCCAAGAGUUUAAAUUGUUGU